AUUCGCGGAAGAUUGUCUGGAAAUGUGAUAAGGCCGUGUGUAUUGCUGUAUCUAUCUUGUGGAAUGAGAGGAAGAUCAGUGCAAUACUACGUUUGGUAACAAAUCUUAUUUACAUGUGCAUUUUCAACACUAAUGUUUUGAAUUAAAACAAUCUUGAUUUUGUGUAAAAGUGACAAUCAACAUCUGUAACUAGAUGUAGCUAUGACGUCUAUGCUUCCCUUUUCACAUCCAAUUGUCAAACGUCUUUUAGGGUGGAAAAAGAGUGAUGGUGAGGACAAGUGGAGUGAAAAAGCUGUAAAAAGUUUAGUGAAAAAACUUAAAAAAGCAAACGGAUUAGAAGAACUUGAAAAAGCUAUCACUUCACAAGAUCCCAAUACGAGGUGCAUCACCAUACCAAGGAAUUUGGAAGGUCGAAUCCAUAGGAAAGGACUGCCCCACGUAAUCUAUUGCAGACUGUGGAGGUGGCCUGAGUUACAAUCCCACCACGAAUUGAGAGCCAUUGAGACUUGUGCAUACGCGUUUGCACUUAAACGCGACGACGUGUGUGUUAAUCCUUACCAUUAUUCGCGGGUUGAACCACCAGCUCUGCCAGCAAUCCUCGUUCCUCGACUGAGUGGGGACUCGUUGGAAGUGCCGGGGAGUGGGGUGGAACUUGUCGAGCACAUUUCUUCUCCUCCGACAAACAUAUCAGUGCCAGCUGUAGCCCUGGAGCCCCCAAGACCUCCCACAGAAACACCCCCUCCUGGGUACAUGUCAGAAGAUGGCGACAAUAUGGACCACAGUGAUAAUCUGAGUAUGUCUCCCAGCCCUGCAAUAGAUACACAGCCAGUCAUGUAUUGUGAACCUGUAUUCUGGUGCUCCAUCAGCUACUACGAACUGAACACUAGGGUAGGAGAAACCUUUCAUGCAUCACAACCUUCCAUCUCAGUCGAUGGAUUUACAGACCCGAGCAACUCGGAACGGUUCUGUUUAGGACUUCUGUCAAACGUGAACAGGAAUAGUGUUGUCGAACAGAUAAGGCGCCAUAUCGGAAAAGGUGUCCGGCUGUAUUAUAUUGGCGGUGAGGUGUUUGCCGAAUGCUUGAGCGAUUCUUCCAUUUUUGUCCAAUCACCGAACUGCAAUCAGAGAUAUGGCUGGCAUCCGGCCACAGUCUGUAAGAUACCUCCAGGUUGCAAUCUGAAAAUUUUCAAUAACCAAGAGUUCGCAGCUCUAUUGUCGCAGUCCGUGUCGCAAGGAUUCGAAGCCGUUUACCAAUUGACUCGGAUGUGUACAAUCCGCAUGUCCUUUGUGAAAGGAUGGGGCGCCGAAUAUAGACGACAGACUGUUACUUCUACUCCUUGCUGGAUUGAGCUACACCUAAACGGGCCGUUGCAAUGGUUGGACAGAGUCCUCACCCAAAUGGGAUCUCCCAGACUUCCGUGCAGCUCCAUGUCUUAAAUGCAAGACAGCUUGCGCUUCCAUCUCUCCGAUAAUGAAAAACUUUUGUUUGGAAGUGAAUGCAGUUAUCGUAACUAAGUUUGUGCUGUGGUAUGAUUGUCUUCAACCAUUUACAUUCUCAUCACAUGCCAUGCCAAACGUAUACAACUGCCUCGUAGUAUGAACAAAGAAAGACAUUUUUACAGUGGUUUGUGUUAGAAGGGAAUCAGUCUCGUUCGAAAGUAGCCUUGUUUGAUUUAAAUCUGUAAUAAUAAAUUGUAUUGUCAUUGUCAGUAGUAUUUUACUUACUAUGUUCAGUAAUGCUAGUUUUACGCAUGAGUAUGAUUGUUUCUGCCCGAAACGUAGUUGAGGCACAGAAUAGAUACAGAAUGGAAACUUGUAAUCAAACGACUAUCUAACCAAUGCUUUUUACAUGACCCCAAUACUAAACACGUCACGUGACCUUGGGAAGUUCCAAUCCUGGUCUUCUGAUUGGCUCGUGGCAGUGAACGAGAUCAAUUGAUCCGGAUCAUUAAAGUGACCGAACCUACCAUCAAUACUAUUACAAUGCAGCGCUUCCUAACAAGAUGGCGGAUUUUGGCGUCAGGGUAUAGCCAAGUUUCCGUACUGUAUGUAUACUGUGGUUGAGGGCCGAAUUAUCAUACGAAUGCGGUAAAAACGUAACCGUACAAGUUACUUACACUUUUUUGUCAUCUAAUAAAGAAUAGAUAGGAAACACAAAACAUUAGCUGCAGGAAAAAUGAUACACGACUUUAAAGAAAACAUAUGAUUUCAUUACAGUACAGUAUGCUGUAAUAAGAUCAUAUGUAUGUUUACUUGUUCAGCUGUUUACAGGCUUGAUUUCAUGCAUGGAAAAUUUAAUGAGUAUGACAAAAACAUAAUUUACAUACCUUAUUCAAUGGUAAUUUUCGUUUCAGAUUCAUAAUCUUAUGAUAGGUAUAACUAAAGUUUGUAGAUUCAAAUCAAUGUUCUUCAAAAGUAUCGUUCUACAUAAUAUACUUUUCCAAAGAAUAAAAUUUGUUAUUUAUAUUUAAAUAUCUUGUUUCGUUGUUGUGUAGUUAGUUGUUGAACAUUAUCUGUACUAAUGGUAUUCCUUCAAAUUUGGUUGUUUCAAAUUCAGGUUAUAAAAUCUCGUAGAUUUUAAAAAGUCGUAGAUUUUGUGUAUACUGUAUAAUAUUUUUAAUAUUGCAAUUUCGUAUUAGCACGGUAAUUGUUCGAUUUAUUAGUGGCAGAGUUUCAAAUUUUCUAUCUUUCUCAAUGUCAAAACAAUUUGCCCGAUGUGUUUACCAUGUGUUGAAUGGUACCUAGUUGAGACAAUAGUUAUUUCGAUAAAAUAAUUCCGAUUUCUUUAACAUUGGAGAAGAUUUUUCCUAUUGGGUUGUGGUUAUUGUUAUUUCUACCUCAAGAUAGAAAUUUUCGUUAGUAUUUCUGAAGACAGUUCAAGCUCUUGAAGAUGUUUAAUAUAUUCAGCAAUAUGAAGAAUCAAUUGUAUUCUUGUUCGAGACAAUGAUCUUACUAAAUUUAAUAUCAUAAUAAUUGUAUUACAAUUCCAUAGUUAGUGUAUAAACUUUUCUCAAUCAAAUUGCAAAUCAAUUUAGUAUCUAGCGUUAAAGUUUAUUUUUGGGCUCCGAACAUUUUGAAGGCUAGAAGAUUGAAUUUAAUCGGUGGUUUUCAUGGUAAAAACAAAUGAACAAAAAAAAAACAAAUGAUGAAAUUAGAUUACAUAAUAUAAUUAUGGAAACAAAUCUUCGGAAUACAAGUUCCAUAUUCAUUUUGAAAUUGGUUUUAUUUGUGUACCGUCAAAGCUGAGGUUUUAGAGAAUAAAAUUGAUAGAAUCGUUGAUGUAUGUAUUAAAUGUUGUCUAAAUUCGAGUUUUAUCAUAGAUCGUCAAUCAAAUUCGAUAUUGUCUGAAUACAUUCAUAUUUAUUAAGCUGUAUUGUGAUAACUCUGAUCUUGGUUUAACUAGAGUUUCUAGCGUUAGGUUUGAUUUGAUUAGAGCGUAUAAUAUCUAAAUUGCACAAAUUUAUUGAUGGUGUUCUUAAUCCUCAGCAAUUAUUUUGAAGAUUUGGCUGGCUCAAAAUGUCUCUUUUGUAUUGCUUUAGUGAGCAAAUACAGCGAAUGCUACAUUGAGCCCAAUGUUCAACUUGAGAUAUACAUAUUUCAAAGUGAAUAUAUUCAGUAUUCUUCAAACAAUGAUCCAGUGACCGACCACUUUAAGGAGUUUUAUGAUAAUAACUAUGAAUGUGGAAACUAAUAAAAGUACAAAUAUGUUAUUGGUUUGUAACAAAUUUGUAAAGUUGGUUUUACAUGACAAGUAGUUUCUAGUGCUUUUACCUAAGGCUCAUAAUAUCUUACGUGCUGGAUCAUUUGUGAUUUUUUAAUUAUGUGUAAAAAAAGAAAUAAGUAGUAUAGGAAUUGUAAUGAAUUGAAGCAUUUAACCAAUGAUUUUGAGUCUUUUAAUCAGCUUGUGAAUGAUAUGUAUUGUAAUACUACUGUGUGUUAUUGACUGAUUCCCUUUUCGUAUGUGGUCAAGUAGAACAUUGAUACGUUUUUUGAAACUUUGUUUAUUGAUGAUGAAUUGUACAGAAAACUUUGAUUAAAAUCUUGUAUAAAUACA